GCUCCACACUAAGAGUCCAGAGACUGAAGAGAUAAUCACACAGGAAAGGAUCCUUCCAAAACAUACACAGGGAUCUGAUCUGGAGAGAGUGUGUGUGUGAAGAGGGCGUGUGGUGUGUGUUCUUAACCCCCUCCACCCCUCCACUCCUUACCCACAAUCCCGUUCUCCAACCUCCCCUGGGGCUUUACCCCCUGACCCCUAACCCCUGACCCCCAGCCAUGAUGUCGGGGAAGGGGAAGGCUAGCCCACGUCACCGGCCAUGGUCCGUGUACCGGGCUAACACCUUUGACCUCUCGGCUGAGAUGAUGGGGCUGACUCUGGCAGGUAAGGGCCCUGUUACCAUAGUUACCAUAGUAACAGUAUUCCUGUAUGUUUGCCCACUGAGUUAAUGCAGGCUGUCAAAAUAAGUAUGUGCAUAAACUUGCCUUGUUAGUCGAUGUAGUUGAGAAAAAAAUAAUAUCUGUGUUCUUGUAGGUAACAGUCAGGACCCAGAUGAGCCAGUGCUGGAGUUCAGUCUGGGUGAGUGGUGUUGCUGAAGUCAACUUCUCACACAGUUAUUCAGCUUGACAACUUCUCACUCCUGUUCAAUUGUCUUUGAUUUAUACAACAGUUAAUAGCCGGCUUUUGUCCAGUUAAAAAAAUAGAAAAGUCCAUAGUCCAGCUCAAGGACAGAACUACAUACAUUUUUUACAUGAAACCGCUCGAAUGUGCAGUGCCCCUUUGACAACAGUGUUUUGCCGCUAAUUACAUUAUGGAACGAACACCCGCACGUAGCCUGCUGCCUUGUGCACAUUGCUGCGCUUAUAAUGUGAAUAAUUAAAAGUUUGUCAACAUUUUAAGCUAAACGUUCUCAUCUGUUACAUCAGACUGUUGCUAGGCCUACUGGUUGUAUGAAUUUGGGAUAUAUCGUCCCAUAACUGUCCCAGGGUCUGUUUGGAAUUAGCUAUUUCUUUCUCGACAAGCUGACCAAUAGAAUAGGUAGCCUAUACUUUUAUAUUAUAGUAGAUCGACAUAGGCUAGUGAUUUUGCUGUUCGUUACCCAUGUUGUUGGCUGAGGAAAAGUAAAUAUGGGACAAUUAUUCUAACAUGUUCAAAGCGCACAUAAGAAUUCGGUAAGAAGGACUGCACAUCGUUGCUUCCUUGACUUGCAUGUUCUGUUAAUAUGAAUUACCAUAUUCUAAAUGUGAUUUCUGUCAUUCUGAGCACUGUGGGCGGACGCCGUAAUCUGUUUACACACCCAAUGCAUAUGGGUCCGGUACAUUUCUCAAAUGUCCGGUAAAUUAAAAUGUUGCCGGUCAAAUGGAAACCCUGAACAGCACCCAUUGAUUCUUGAAGAAUAAAGUUUAUAAAUGCCUUAAUGGGUUAGUACAACUGUCUUACUUAUCAUAACCCAAAAUCUAAAGUUGCAUUACUCUGUCUAUUUAUUUGAGAGAGGUAACAAAUUACAUUUCCCCAGCCCCAUCCCUAUUUUAGGGCCAGGAUUGAGAUGACAGAUUUUGCCUUUAAUGUUCACUUCCCUGUUGUACACCCAGCCUGCAGUGAGCUGAUCACCCCAGCAUUGGACCAUAAACCGACCAGCUUUGUUGCGGUCAGCUGUACCACUCCUCCCCAGGCCUUCUGGACCAAACAUGCUCAGACAGAGAUCAUAGAGGUAGAAAGACACCCAGAGAUGGACAGUAUUUCUGUCACAUGUAUUUGAAAUACGAGUUUAAUUACUUCUGAAAUAUAAUCCAAUGUAUUUUGUAACUUUUCUAUACCAUUCUUUAUAGGGGUUCACAAUUUUGUGGCCCCCUUUCACCCUGCAUUGGUAUCAGAAGUCUGAUGGCACUAGGGUGGGAUAAGAGUGUCUGCUAAAUUACCUAAAUGUAAAAAUUAACACUUGCAAAGCAUGCUGGAUAUUAUUAUAAUGAGCUCUGCCCCAAAACAAGGCCAAUAAUAAUACAAAUUUUCACAUUUACAUGUAUAUUUUGGUCAUUUAGCAAACACUCUUAUCCAGAGCGACUUACAGUCAGUGAAUUCAACUAAGGUAGAUAAACAACUACAUAUCACAGUCAUUGCAAGUACAAUGUUUUUUGUUACUGAGACGGCAGGUAAUUUAGUGGUUAAGAGUGUUGUGCCAGUAACCGAAAGGUCGCUGGUACUAAUCCCCGAGCCGACUAGGUGAAAAAUCUGUCGAUGUGCCCUUGAGCAAGGCACUUAACCCUAAUUGCUCCUGUAAGUCGCUCUGGAUAAGAUAAAUGACUUAUUUAUUUUAUUUAGAAUGUUGUUGUAGUGAAGGGCUGUUCUUCAAAUGUAUUUUGUAUUUUGAAAAUUUUUGAAAAUACAAAAUUGUAUUUUGUAUUUUAUUUUGAUACAUUGGUCUUUGUAAUUGUAGCAAAAUAGCAUCUUUGCCCAUACCACAUUGACCUAACCAUAACAAUACAGAACCACACUGCUCUACCACGCGUAUCCCACUCCUUCUCUACUGUGACAAUACCUCCUUUAUGUUUGUAACCAGACUGAUUCACCACAAAUACUCUCUCUCUCUCUCUCUCUCUCUCUCUCUCUCUCUCUCUCUCUCUCUCUCUCUCUCUCUCUCUCUCCUCUCUCUCUCUCUCUCUCUCUCUUCUCUCUCUCUCUCUCUCUCUCUCUCUCUCUCUCUCUCUCUCUCCUCUCUCUCUCUCUCUCUCUCUCUCUCUCUCUCUCUCUCUCUCUCUCUCUAGGGUACUAGUAAUCCUAUCUAUCUGAGCAGUAUAGCGUUCUUCCAGGACUCUCUGAUCAGUCAGCAGACGCAGGUCAAGCUAUCUGUGUACGACGUCAAGGACCGCUCCCAAGGCACGGUACGAAAUAUCACCCUCUAUAACUACUCCAACUCCCCCACUGCAGUCAACUGCCCCAAACCUCACAACCUUCCAAACUCUUCAACCCCAAACUAAUCAAACACUCCACUCCCAGAUGUACCUGAUGGGGUCAGCCAUGUUCCCUGUGAAGGAGCUGCUGCAGGACAAACACCACAGACUACACCUAACCCUCAGGUAACACACACACUCACACACGCACUCACACACACACACACACACACACACAACCUCCACAUACACGCACGCACGCACGCACGCACGCACGCACACACACACACACACACACACACAACCUCCACAUACACUCUCAGCUAUUGUUAAACAGUAGGGCCAGGUAUGGGUAUAAGGGCCUAAGUACUGUAGAGACACCUAUUACUGUCUGUCCCCAGGUCAGCGGAGAGCGAGCGCAUCGGCAACAUCACCAUCAUCGCCUGGCAGAUAGAGGAGAGGAGGGAGCAGAGAGUCCCUGUCGCCCGGCAGGACACCAUCAAUGGCAGGGUGAGUGGCCUGGUCUGGUUCUUACUGAGGAAGAAGACCAUAAGGUCAAAACUUAGUAAUACCCAUAUUAUCUGAUUUGUUUGAAGAUGUACCAUAGAGUAUGUACUGUAGGCCUACUUUGUAAAAUGUUUGUUGGAUUAUUUUUUAGCACCUUUUCCUAUUCUCUUUUCCUGGCUUACCUGUCUAUGUUCAGAUCACUGCCCUCUGCCCGAGGCUAGCUAGGGACUCAGCCAUAUUGCUUUCACUUGUUUGGUCAGUGGCGAAGAAGGACAAGGAGAAAGGUUAAAUCCACAUGGUAGAAACUCAGCCAGUCGGUUCAGGUCACUUGUCAACUGAAGGGUAUCCAGGAUGAAUCAUACAAUGAUGAUGUCUGUUCCUUUUGUGUGUCUCAGAUGGUACUUCCAGUGGAUGACAGCCUGACUGAGUCCGUGAACAUCAGGGCCAAGUCUGCGUCUCUGUGCAAAGACACACUGCUGAAGGCUGGUGAGUGUGUGUUCCAGUGUGUGUCAGUGUGUGUUUCUCUAUUGGCAAGUGUGUGUUUGUCUUAAAGGGCAAUUCCACCACUUUUCAACCUCAUAUUCAUUAUCUCCAGCACCAAACCAGUGUAUGUGAAAACAGCACGCUUCUAUAAUCUGUGACAUCACAGGGUAGGAUAAAACAUUUAAUUUAAAAAACAGUGAUUUUCAAAACCUGCAAUGAGAUUCUAGCCAGAGACAUCACAAGGUAUUUUCUUUAUUGAGACAUUUUCACAGACAUGUUCAAUCUAUCCUCGUCUCAGUCUGUAAUCCCAACAUUUUUUUAACUGACCACCAUUGUCCCUGUUCCCAAGAGCUCCAAGGUAACCUGCCUAAAUGACUAUCAUCCUGUAGCACUCACAUCUGUAAUUAUGAAGUGCUUUGAAAGGCUGGUCAUGAUACACAUCAACACCAUUAUCCCAGACACCCUAAACCCACUCCAAUUCGCAUACUGCCUCAACAGAUCCACAGAUGACGCAAUCUCAAUUGAACUUCACACUGCCCUCUCCCACCUGGACAAGAGGGGAAAUAACUAUGUGAGAAUGCUGUUCAUAAACUACAGCUCAGCGUUCAACACCAUAGUCCCCUCAAAGCUCAUCACCAAGCUAGGGACCCUGGGACUGAACCCCUCCCUCUGCAACUGGAUCCUGAACUUUCUGACGGGCUGUAGGGUAGGGUAGGCAACAACACCACCACCAUGCUGACCCUCAACACAGGGCCCCUCAGGGGUGUGUGCUCAGUCCACUCCUGUACUCCCUGUUCACCCACGACUGCGUGGCCACGCACGACUUCAACACCAUCAUCAAGUUUGCUGACGACACGAUGGUGGUAGGCCUGAUCACGAUGGUGGUAGCGAUGAGUCAGCCUACAGGGAGGAGGUCAGAGAAUUAGCAGUGUGGUGCCAGGACAACAACCUCUCCCUCAACGUCAGUAAGACCAAGGAGCUGAUCGUGGACUUAUAAGAGAAAGAGGGGAGAGCACGCCCCCAUCCACAUCGACAGGGCUGUUGUGGAGCGGGUCGUGAGCUUCAAGUUCCUUGGCGUCCACGUCACUAAGGACUUAACAUGGUCCACACACACCCGCACAGUCGUGAAGAGGGCACGGCAGCGCCUCUUCCCCCUCAGGAGGCUGAAAAUAUCUGGCAAGGCCCUCGGAUCCUCAAAAAGUUCCACAGCUGCACCAUCAAGAGCAUCUUGGUAUGGCAAAUGCACCGCCCUUGACCUCAAAGUGUUACAGAGGGUGGUUCGGACAGCCCAGUACAUCACUGGUGGUGUCAGAGGAUGGCCCGAAGAAUUGCCAAAGACUCCAGUCACCCAAGCCAUAGACUGUUCACUCUGCUACUGUCCGUCAAACGGUACCAGAGCAUCGGCUCUCGGACCAACAGGCUCCGAGACAGCUUCUACCCCCAAGCUGUAAGACUAAAUAGCCAGACUGCUAAAUAGUCCAUUAAUGGUACCCAAACUAUCUGCACUGCCUCUAUCUUGCACUGACCCUACGCACACUCAAACCAAACCAUAUACACACUCACUCACACACACUACAUUGACACUCCCACACAAAACCCACACACAUUCACAUACACUACAUACGCCCACACACACACAUAACACACACACGCAGACCGACACAACACAAACACACAUACAGUGCUGUGAAAAAGUAUUGGCCCUCUUUCUGAUUUUCUCUAUUUCUGCAUUUUUUUAUACUGAAUGUUAUCAGAUCUUCAAACAAAGCCUAAUAUUAGAUAAAGGGAACCUGCGUUUACAAAUAACAACAAAAAAUAUAUACUUAUUUUAUUUAUUUAAUUAACAGUUAUGCAACACCCAAUUCCCCUGUGUGAAAAAGUAAUUGCCCCCUUACACUCAAUAACUGGUUGUGACUGCAACCAAAUGCUUCCUGUAGUUGUUGAUCAGUGUCUCACAUCCCUGUAGAGGAACUUUGGCCCACUCUUGCAUGCAGAACUGCUUUAACUCAGCUACAUUUUUUCAAGCAUGAACUGCUCGUUUCAAGUCCUGCCACAACGACUUUGACUAGGCAAUUACAAAACUUCAAAUUUGUAGACUUGUGGACUUGAUUGUGUGUUUUGGAUCAUGGUCUUGCUGCAUGACCAAGCUACGUUUCAGCUUCAGCUCACAGACGGAUGGCCUGACAUUCUCCUGUAGAAUUCUCUGAUACAUAGCAUAAUUCUAUUGAGGCAAGUCAUCCAGGUCCUGAGGCAGCAAAGCAUCCCCAAACCAUCACACUACCACCACCAUGCUUGACUGUUGGUAUGAGGUUCUUACUGUGGAAUGCAGUUUAAAAAAUAAAAGCAUUCCACAGUAAGAACCUUAUACCAAUGGUCAAGCAUGGUGGUGGUAGUGUGAUGGGGAUUGAGUGUAACGGGGCAAUUACUUUUUCACACAGGGUCAUUGGGUGUUGCAUAACUUUGUUAAUGAAAUAAAUGAAAUAAGUAUGUCAUUGUUGUGUUAUUUCUUCAUUCAGGUUCCUUUAUCUAAUAUUAGGUUUUGGUUGAAGAUCUGAUAACAUUCAGUAUAAAAAAUAUGCAAAAAUAGAGAAAAUUAGAAAGGGGGCAAAUACUUUUUCACGGCACUGUACAUACACAUUACACACACACACUUUUACACUCAUUUUGUGAUGGGUGAUUUGAAGGAGUCAGGCGCAGGAGGACAAAUCACAGAAUAAAAGGUUUAUUCUGAACACAGUAGUACGCAGCAAUGCCUCAAACACUUCAGUGCGGAAAAUCAGGCGCACUGGAAACAACGAAAAUCACAGGUGAAAAUAACCCAGCGAUACAAAAUAACAAAGAGCUCCACCGAGCUAAUCGAACCUCCACAAUAAACAAUCACACACAAAGACAAGGGGGCAGAGGGGACACUUAUACAGGUACUGAUGAGGGGAUAUGAACCAGGUGUGUGUAAUAAACAAGACAAAACAAAUGGAAUGAUGAGAUGAGGAGCGGCAGUGGCUAGAAGGCCGGUGAUGACGAACGCCGAAGCCUGCCCGAACAAGGAGAGGUGGAAGUCGUGACACAUUUGCUGCUGCUACUGUUCUUUAUUUUACUCUUAUUAUUAUCUAUCCUGAUGCCUAGUCACUUUAACCUGCUUUCAUCUACCUCAAAUACCUUGUACCUCUGCACAUUGGUCUGGUACUAGUACUUCAUCUAUAUACUGUAGCUCCAUUCUUGUGUAUUUUAUUUUAUUCCUCUUGUGUUACUAUUUUAUUUCUAUUUUAAGACUCUGCAUUGUUGGGAAGGGCUUGUAAGCAAGCAUUUCACGUUAAAGUCUACACCAGUUGUAUUCAGCGCAUGUAACAAAUACAAUUUGAUUUGAUUUGAUUCCCGAUGAUGUCAUCGGGUAGAACUUUUGAACCUUUUUACUAUUUUUGUGUCGUAGAACUUUUUAACUUUUUAACUAUUUUUGUUCUACAAAACAUAGAAAUGCGGGAGAUAAUGAAAAUUUGGUUGAAAAGUGUUGGAAUUGCCCUUUAAGUGUGUGUUUAAAUGAGACAGUAUGUAUGUCCUUCUCUAUUCAUAGCAUACAGAGAGUUUACAUUUGAGGGUUCCUACAGAUUUAGGAAUUAUGACUGACGCACUGCAUCCCACUGCUGGCUUGCAUUUGAAGCUAAGCAGGGUUGGUCCUGGAUGGGAGAUCAGAUGCUGCUGGAAGUGGUGUUGGAAGGCCAGUAGGAGCCACUCUCUCCUCUGAUCUAAAAAAAAUAUUCCAAUGUCCCAGGGCAAGGACAUUGCCCUGUGUAGGGUGCUGUCUUUUGGAUGGGACAUUCAACGGGUGUCCUGACUCUCUGUGGUCACUAAAGAUCCCAUGGCACUUAUUGUAAGAAUAGGGGUGUUAACCCUGGUGUCCUGGCUAUAUUCCCAAUCUGGCCCUCAUACCAUCAUGGCCACCUAAUCAUCCCCAGCUUCCAAUUGGCUCAUUCCUCUCCCCUGUAACUAUUCCCCAGGUCGUUGCUGUAAAUGAGAAUGUGUUCUCAGUCAACUUACCUGGUAAAAUAAGGGUAAAAUAAAUGCUUUUAAUAAAUUAUGUAAUUUAUGUAUUGACUGGUGUAUUGCUGUGCUGUCAGUGUUUGGGGGCACCAUGUCUCGUAUGUACCGUUUCCCCACCACGGACGGGAACCACCUGCGUAUCCUGGAGCAGAUGGCUGAGAGUGUCCUCUCUCUACACAUCCCUCGACAGUUUGUCAAACUACUGCUGGAGGAGGACGCUGUCAGGUACCAUGCUAUACACUGUUCAAAUGAAGUGCUUUGUAACACUAAAACUAAUGGCAGCUGAGCUGCCACCGACGUGAAGGAGACAAAACCUUAAAUCAUCCUGAGAGGUUUUGAAACAUUACAUGGUGUGCUGUAACACCACUUAAUCAAGUGUUGAGCAACACCUUGCCAGGGACUGGGAACACUACUGGAAAAGUAAGUUUGAAAAUACUCUUUCAGUAUUUCGAGUUCUGUUUAGUUCAGAAUUAGAUACCUUCUCUUUUGGCGUCGUUUCCUCUCUCUGUUUCAUAUCCUGCCUAGUGCAGAAUUAGAUAACUUUUUCUGGAGUAUUUUAAUGUUUAACAUUGGUUUAUGUAUCUGAUAAUUUGCCAGUUUAACCCAUUUUGGCAGGAAUUGUUGAGCACAGUGCUCAAACCACCAGCAGUGACUAGAGGUUUUACAGUAAGCAUUGCAGGUUACUGUAUUUGCCUCUAACAGGUUUUGUUCAGUGGAGGCUCCUCAGAGGAGUGAAUUUCAUAAAAAUAAAAAUAGUGAAACAAAAAAAAGUGAUACUUUUUAUAUAAAACUAUACUAAAUAUAUUCACGUCACCAAAUAAUGUAUUAAAACACACUGUUUUGCAAUGAAGGUCUACAGUGGCCUCAACAGCACUCUGUAGGGUAGCACCAUGGUGUAGCUGGAGGACAGCUAGCUUCCGUCCUCCUCUGGGUACAUUGACUUAUAUACAAAUCCUAGGAGGCUUGUGGUUCUCACCCCCUUCCAUAGACUUGCACAGUAAUUAUGACAACUUCCAGAGUAUGUCCUCCAACCUAUCAGAGUUCUUGCAGCAUGAACUGACAUCUUGUCCACCCAAUCAAAGGAUCAGAGAAUGAAUCUAGCACUGAAAGCAUAAGCUACAGCUAGCUAGCACUGCAGUGCAUAAAAUGUGGUGAGUAGUUAACUCAAAGAGAGAGAAAGACAAUAGUUGAACAGUUUGAACAAAACCAUUUCUUCAAAAAUGAACGAGAAGAGAGAAAGAGAGAGCUAGCUAUAUUUAAUAUUUUUUUUCCCUUUCGCUGUAGGCUGUGUGUAUCGGUUAGCAUUUAUGAUAUGAAGGUUUGGCUUGGAAAGGUUUUUUCACCUGGUCACAGACAGCUGGUGUGUUGUGCACUGAAGUCCACAAGGGAAGGGAAAAGGUGAGAGGAGGAGAGCGUGUAGGUACAAGAAGGAAUAAUAGAACGAUCUGGCUGCUAUGAAAGUGUACUGCUUUUGCGUGUGAUCAGGGGUGUAUUCAUUCCGCUGAUUCUUAAAUGGAAGCAAACGUAACGAAACGGGGAUAAACAUACCUGAAUUUGUCCAAUAGAAACUCUUGUUUGCAACUGUUGGACUAAGGAUUACACCCUAGAUCAGCUAGAUGCAGGCAAUAUUGUGCAAGGCAGUAUUGAAUGUGUCAAUGUCUUUCACCUUCGAUUACUCACCUUUUUCUCUGCUGUGCACCUACGUUGUAAACUUUCAUUCAUAGGCUAGGUUGUACCAACCUCAUGAUGGGUAUAGGGAAAAUAAAAGUAUCAUGUAGUAAGUAACCUAAACCUAUAAAUGUUACAUUGAGCUGGGUGAACGGAAUAUGAAUGACAGUCAUCCAAUAUGCUGUAAUAGAAAUAAGGCCAUGCUCAUUAAAAAUCCUCCCUCAUCUUAAACGGCACCAACCGCCACUGGUUUUGAUAUCCGUUUAUCAUGAUCCAUUAGGCCUACACAUCAUGGCACAACAUGCUGCUUAAUACUAACAUACAAUAUACUUUUCUUUCCUCAAACAUGCAUACGACAUUGUGUACCCACAAUCCUCUGAAAACAGAGCCACGUGUCAAGAUAGGAAGUGCAAGGAGAGUUCAAUCACUCAAUUUCCUCUAUCUUUGGUUAUCCUCAUAACAUAUACUUACAUUUUGAGCAACAUGUUAAGUUAGAUUUAUUUUUUAAAUUAACAAAUCAUUGCAUUCAUUUUUAUUAAGUAUAUUUUGGUUGCAUUUCUUAACCAGUUGAUUGUAUGAGAAACACGGUCUGCAAAAAUAUAUGUUUAUUUUGUGUUUUGAUGCUGCCUUUUUAUGUGCACUGAAACUGCUAAAAAGUGUUUUCACAACAUUCUCUUAAAAACACCAAUAUUCAGAUUGAAGAACCACUUUGGGUGUUUGAGAGUACUUAUAUUCUGUUUUAAAACACUUUCUGUGUAUCAGAACACUUACAUUGGGUUUACAUUCAAACACCCUCCAACCACCAGAUCUCAGGUUAGGUGCACUAUAAUGGUGUUUUGAAUCUUUUUACUCUUACAGUGUACUACUGUGUGUGUGUGUGUGCGUUUGUGUGUGUGUGUGUGAGUGCAUAUGUGUGUGUCCGUGCGUGUGUGCAUGGAUCACUGACUCUUUGUGUGUGUGUGUGUGUGUGUGUGUGUGCGUGUGUGCGUGUGUGCGUGUGUGUGUGUGUGUGUGUGUGUGUGCGUGUGUGUGUGUGUGUGUGUGUGUGUGUGUGUGUGUAGGGUGUGUGAAUUGGAGGAGUUGGGGGAGUUGUCUCCAUGUUGGGAGAACCUGAGGAGGGAGAUUAUUGCUCAGUACCAGACCAUCAUCCUCACCUACCAGGAGACCAUCGGCGACCUACACGAAUAUAAAGGUUAGCGCCAUAACCUUUAUAAAACAUUACAUCAACAUACCAGAAAACAUAACAAUCCUGCUAGACUGCACCUAAACAUUUAAAAAACAUAUUACUAAUAUCACUGCUGUUAGUAACAAGUGUUAACAACACCGCAAUGAUUAGCCCUAUAAAUGGUAUGCGAAAUUAAUGGUAUUUUAAAUGAACUUGGACAUCUGACAUAUUCAUAACAUGAAUAAAAAACACAAUGUCCAAAUGUAAAAGUUUAUAUAAAAUAUAAUACAUUUGGUGUACAAUUUAUAGGGCUAUGCAAUGAUAUGCUAUAACAUAUCACUACAGAUAUAUCAGAAACCUGUUACAUUAGCACUGUUAGCUCUAUAAUAUAAUAUUUAAUAUCACUAAUGCAUCAGUAACAUGCAAAAGUACAAUAGUUGGCAUCAUCAUAACAUAUCCACCCUACUCCUCUUCCAGGUCCCUCCUUUAAAUCCAGUACUCUGAAAGCAGAGAAGAAGCUGGAGUUUAUCCCCACUAACCUACACGUCCAGAGGAUGAGAGUACAAGGAGAGUCUGGCUAUGGUAGGGGACCUGUUAUAUCUAUCAGUCUCUAUGGUAGGGGACCUGUUAUAUCUAUCAGUCUCUAUGGUAGGGGACCUGUUAUAUUAUCAUCUCUAGGUAGGGACCUGUAUAUCUAUCAGUCUCUAUGUAGGGGACCGUUAUAUCUAUCAGUCUCUAUGGUAGGGGACCUGUUAUAUCUAUCAGUCUCUAUGGUAGGGGACCUGUUAUAUCUAUCAGUCUCUAUGGUAGGGGACCUGUUAUAUCUAUCAGUCUCUAUGGUAGGGGACCUGUUAUAUCUAUCAGUCUCUAUGGUAGGGGACCUGUUAUAUCUAUCAGUCUCUAUGGUAGGGGACCUGUUAUAUCUAUCAGUCUCUAUGAUAGGGGACCUGUUAUAUCUAUCAGUCUCUAUGAUAGGGGACCUGUUAUAUCUAUCAGUCUCUAUGAUAGGGGACCUGUUAUAUCUAUCAGUCUCUAUGAUAGGGGACCUGUUAUAUCUAUCAGUCUCUAUGGUAGGGGACCUGUUAUAUCUAUCAGUCUCUAUGGUAGGGGACCUGUUAUAUCUGUCAGUCUCAAUAUCCUUUAUAUCCAUCUUGUUCAAUGUAAUUCUCCACAGCAAGCAUGUUUAUAUCUGUCUAAAAGUGCUCUCUUCCCCUUCACCUCCCUCUCCUCCCUCCUCCCUCCUCCUCCCUCUCACCCAUCUCUCCUCUCCCUCCUCCCUCUUCCUCCCUCCCUCCUUUCCUCCCUCCCUUUCCUCUCCCUCCUCUCCCAGACAGGACCUAUGACAUAGUGACUAUAGGAGCGCCAGCAGCCCACCACCAAGGCUUUAAGCACUGUGGUCUCCGGAAACUCAUCCACAAGUUUGAGGAGGCUAGGAAACAGUGAGACAAUAUUUUCUGGAGCGAAUGGUCGGGUGGCCGGAACAUAGUUUUGAAUAAUUUGUACACUGCAGAUUUUUUUACCUUGAUUGUAUUGGAAUAUGAUCACAUAUGCCUCUUUAUUUAUGCGUGGGAAUAUUUGGGAACAGAUUUCCUAAAUUAAAAUAACUUUGAGCUGAUUUCCUGGUGAUCUUACAGUCUUUUAUGUCCAACACCAAAAUAAAUUAUUAAUAUUUAUUUGCUUAGAAAACUUGAGAGGCCAAAUAAAAUCAAUUGGGGCUGCCAAUUGGGGAACCCUGCUAUAGAUACAUAAUUUAAUCAUUUAAUUGUUAUCAUUGAUUUAGAUUUCUAACCUUUGAUUGAAAUGUCUCCUUUUUGCUUGCUUUCUGAUCAGUGCAUAUGAGGAGGAAUGGUGAGAUCUGUCACCUGCUCUGUUUAUGUGUGCAGUUUCAAUGGAUUUGUUUGUUUGUGUUCUGUAUUACAUCGUUUUAAACCAGCACAUUUUCACCCUUGAUCGCGCUCUCUCGCUCUCUCUCUCUCAUUCUCUCUCUCUUUCUUUCUCUCCCUCCCACUCACACACACACAUAUAAACACACACCUACCAGCAGUGCUGGGUCUGGCUCUAAGCUGGUGGCCUACCUGCCUCAGGACGUGGUGAGAGCGAAGGAGCUGAUUGGUCAGAUCAACACCUUGAAGACCCAGGUGUGCUACUACAUCGAACGUUUGUCCCGCGCUGCCAAGGAACGCUCAGCUAACGCUCUGGAGAGAACCCUCACCAUUCUCUCUGAGAAGGUAUGAAAGGGUGAGAGAGGGAGGCAGGAGGGGAGGGAGACAUGUAUCUAUCUAUACAAUCAAUAUGUAUUUCACUGUAUUAAUAUACACUAUUAUAUUUCCCUUGUCUCCUCCUCUCCAUGUCUCUCCUCCAUAUCUGUCCCCCUCUCCCUGUCUCUCCUCCAUCUCUCUCCUCCUUUCCCUGUCUCUCUUUCAUCUCUAUCCCCCUCUCCAGACUCGUCAGUUGGUGACAGUGUGUGACUCUAAGCUGCUGUCCUCUGCCAUCCUGGCCCUCUCUGCCGCCCGUCCAGAAUACAUUUCCCAGAAGGGCACUCCCUCCCCCUCCUCCCUCACUCCUUCUCCCUCUCCAUCCCGCUCCCCCUCUCGCCACGCUACCUCCCCCUCUCGCCAAUCCACCUCCCCCUCUCGCCACUCCAUCUCCCCUCGCCACUCCGUAUACCAGGAAGGAGAGGGGGGGAGAGGCAAGCGCUCCUCCCUACAGGCUGACUGGCACGAGGAGAACUGGGUAAGAUGACAUUGAUAUCUUUUGUUUAAGAAUUGAGAAUAACAACAAUAUUGUAUGGAAUUUAUAUAGAAAGUGUAUUCCAUAUUUAAUCAUAUCACAUCCCUCUCUCUUUCUGUCGCUGUCAACCCCCCCUCAGGAGAAGGUAUGGUUGAAUGUGGAUAAGAGUCUGGACUGUGUGAUCCAGAGGGUGGACAGACUGCUGGCCAAAGACAGACUGCAGAGUGACAGUAGCAGUGAGGAUGUGUUCCUGGAUGCUCAGCAGCAGACCAAUGCCACUACUAAGAAAGGUAAACACACACACACUUCAUACAGUCAAAUGAACUGACUGAAAUUAGGCAGCUGUUAAAGUAAAACAGGCACACUGAUUGAUUGGUUAAUUGUUUAAUUGACUGGUUGAUUGGGUCAGGGGAUAAAAGUGAAUGUAUGUGAAUCCCUUGAGGUAUCCAUGGAAACAGAGAAGCCUUCUGGAUACACCCAGAAUCUUCAUCCCCUGCUCUUCCUCCAUCAUCAUCAUCAUCAUCCUCAUUGUCAUCAUUCCCUUAUCUGACCAUCACAUGUCAGUCAAACCAUGAAAGACAACAGCACUGUAGGUUCAUGUCCACUUUGACUCCUCCAUAUUGUAAUAUUGUUCUGUAUUAUUCUUAACUAGCAGACAUACACUCACAAAUGCACACACCCACUCUGUCCUUAAAGUAAAUAUGUUUUUAUCAUCUCCCCUUUAGACAGCAGCCCAGAGGUAGAAAAGGAAAAGCCCUCCCCAGGUAAGAACAAUAAUGUGUGAGUGUGUCUAUAGAUAUACUGUAUAACCUCUCUCCUUUCUCUACCAGGUGAAUGGAGUGAGGCCUUGUACCCCCUCCUGACUACCCUGUCAGAGUGUGUGUCUCUGAUGAGUGACAAGGCUAAGAAGUCCAUGGUGUUCCUCCUAAUGCAGGACAGUGCUCCCACCAUCGCCAUGAGCCUCACGCUACAGUACAGAAGAGAUGUGGUCUUCUGCCAGACGGUGGGUUUACACACACACACACACACACACACACACACACACACACACACACACACACACACACACAGAUGCACACAAAGAUGCGAGCACACACAUACGUACACAGAUACGUGCGCACACUCACACACACACACACACACACACACAAUUAUAUUAGUAUGAUUGAUGUUCUACAUCGGACAUUAUUGUUGUAUUGAUCUAUAACAUUAUUAUUAUUAUUAAUGAUUAAUAGUUGUAUUGAUGAUUAUAUAGAUUAUUUAUAUUUGUAUAGAUGAUUUAUAGUUGUAUUGGUGUUUCCCCUUCUGUAGCUGUCAGCUCUGAUCAGUGGCUUCAUCAUCAAGCUGAGGAACUGUCUCCACGACGAUGGCUUCCUCAGGCAGCUCCACAUCAUCGGCCUGCUAGUCCAGUAUGAGGGCCUUCUCAGCACCUACGGUAACCUGCUGACUGUGUGUGUGUGUGCGUUCUUGAAUUUAUGUCUUAGAAUACACACACAAAUAUGUUGAUUUGAAACCUGCUAUUUUUUAAAUACUUUAUUUAUAGAUUUUCAAAUAUGAGAACUGAAACCUAUUCUUACCCCUUACUCUCUUCAAUCUUAAAGGGGAGGAGCUGGCCAUGUUGGAGGACAUGAGUGUUGGCGUGAUGGACCUGCGAAAUGUCACCUUAAAGGUUACCCAGGCAACCUCGGUCUUCGGCCCAGAUAUGCUGCCUGUCAUCACCGGGAACCGGGACGGCUUCAACGUCAGGGUUCCGUUACCAGCGGCGAUGUUUGAUGCGUUGCCACGGGAGAUCCAAAACGGGAUGCUGCUGCGGGUUCAGCCUGUUCUCUUCAAUGUGGGAAUCAAUGAACAGCAGACACUGGCCGAGAAGUGAGUGAACGAGAGAGGAGAGGGGAGGAGAGAUGAGGAGAGACAAGGAGAGGAAAGGAGAGUGGGAGAGGUUAUAAGAGGAUUGAAGGAGAUAUGGGAUAAGAGGAGAGGUGGAGAGAAGAGAAGACAGCAGCACAAUGGAAGAGAGAGUUAAGAAGGGGUAGUCAGGAUGUGUGUUACCAUGGCAAUGGCAGCCAGCUGACAUUUGUGGUAAUACCAUAUAAGUGAUGAUUGUUACCUUGAAUAAUCACGAGCGUCUGGUUAUUGUGUGUUUUCGAAGCGUGUUUAUUAGAUUUGCCAGUACAGACUAGAAAUGAUAUGUGCUUGCACAUAAAAAAGUAUUAUAAAAAAAAGAAAUGCUAUGGUAAUUCCUCAACAAUGCCAAUGAUGGAGACCGUGAGAACAUUAGGUCUACUCCCUAUAGACUGUAAGAAAUUAUGAUGUGUUGUAGCUUUGCUUAAUGAGCAGUACAGAGAAAUCCAAUCUAUCUGUGUGUCUAUAGGUUUGGAGACACAUCUCUCCAGGAGGUGAUUAACAUGGAGAAUAUGGCUCGUCUCAGCUCCUACUAUGACCAGUUUAAAGAGGUCCUACCUGAGGAAUGUGAGUCACAUACCCUCAUCUUAACCUCAACCACUAAUAAAGUGGUUAACAACCUGGUUCUUAAAAUGUACGUCAGUGCAAUAAUACUCCUCUCCUCUCUCUCCAGGCCUCCCUUGUACCCGUAGUCAGACCAGCCUGCCUGAGCUGCUAAAGCUGCUGAGUCAGAACAUCAACGCCAGGAAGAGCAAGAACGUAGAGAUCCUGUGGCAGGCAGCAGAGGUAGAGACAUUCUCGCCUUUUCUUUCUCUCUCCACAAGACACUUCUAUCAUUGACUGAAUGAGCUGAAGUCUGCCUGACUCUCUAUUCUUCUCCAUUCAUUCCUCUACUCUACUCUCCUCUCCUCUCCUCACCCUUUCUCCUCUGCCCCAAUCUUCUUUCUCUCUCUCUAUCUCCCUGUCUCUCCCUCCCCAGGCGUGUCGACGUCUGAACGGAGUGCGUUUUACCAGCUGUAAGAGUGCUAAGGACCGUACAGCCAUGUCUCUAACCCUAGAGCAGUGUCUCAUCCUCCAGCAGGAGCACGCCCUGGCCCCACAGGUCUUCUCCCAGGCCCUUGACUGCAUGCGCAGGUCAGCUGGCCACACAACUGCCUGAACAAAACGAGACAAGACAUGUAGCGUUUAUCAUGUAACAUUUGAGGAAAGGAAGAAUUAUGUCAAUGUAUAUAAUAACUUGAUGUUUUCCUAUACCCUCUAACUCUAUCUCCUCUUACCUUUUAACCCAUCACCCCCUCUUUUCUCCUCCUCUCUAAACUCCUCUCCUCCCCCCUCUCCUUCUCUCUACUCUCCUUUCCUUCUCUCUCCUGUCCUUUACUUGACCCUCCCCUCCCCCCUCUCCUUCUCUCUCUCCUCUCCCCUCCUCUCCUCCUCCUGAUAGUGAGGGCUGCAGACGAGAGAACACCAUGAAGAAUGUAGGAUGUCGUAAAUACGCCUUCAACUCCCUCCAGCUGAAGGCCUUUCCCAAACUGUACCGCCCACCUGAGGGCACCUAUGGGAAAGUAGAGACCUGAAUGGACAAACCAGCUGCCCAUCUCUCAAAGUAGCCAAUAGAAGGGGAAAGGGACUAAACAACGUCAACAACAACAUAAAAGCAAAACAACAUCACAAAAGCAACUGCCCCCUUUAUAUAGUGCUGCAUCCCUGUUGAUGAUUUCAUGUUAUCUGUGGUAGAUUGUUUGAUAGCAGUUCACUCUCUUUUGCGAUUAGAAUCGCUCCAUUAUGUCAUGACAACCACUACACGCACACAACAACAACAAUAACAAUAACUUAAGAACAACUUUUCAAAUCCAUUGUCACAUAUUGUUUUGGACCUAAUUGUAGAGUUGUACUUGUUUUAGUUUUAUUUAGAAAGGGAGGGAAAGGGGGAUACCUAGUCAG